AUGCGUGGAUCGCUGCAGGUUCGGCGGACGGAGCGCAGCUGCGGAUCCACGGACGCGCCUUCCACGGGACAAGAAGAACUGGAGUGGAGGCGAGAGGUGGACUCGGCGGAUAUCCAUUCAAAAUGCCUGGGUAAUAUCAUGCGUGUUGACAUUGGACCCCUCAAAGGGAAAAUCCUUGAAGUCUCCGGUGUGAUUAAUAACUCUGUCAUCCUGGUAACACCACGUUUAGCGUCUUACUGUGGCUUCAGCAUGAAGAUCGACCCGCUGGGAGACGCCAUAGUUUACGCCUCCCUCCAAAACUGCUUUGCUCUAAAUGUGGAGGAUAAAGUGUUCAAAACAGUGUUAAAUCUUCGGCUGUAUGGGAACCAGAUGGUUGAGGACGAGCUGUACCAGGUGGCUGAAACCUGCUACUACACCGACUGGGCUGCAAGGGAAAUUAUCUGUGACCGCAACUAUAUGGAGGUGUCUGUGAAGAGGGCAGCUCCAGAUGAUUAUAUCCUCCCGAAACAGCCCCUGUCAAAGGUUAAUGCAAAGUUUGGUGAUCCUCGACGAGCUGCAGAGAAACGACCCAUAGACAAAGGAUUCAAGAUCACAAAAGUUGUGUUUUUCACCCCUGAGGAGAGGAUAAUGGAAGUGACUGAAGCUCAGAGGGCAGGUUAUGAAAUCGCAAACACUCCUACAAGGCUGACUCUGAGAAGCUCUAAGACUGCACCAGAAACGUACAUCCAGCAAGUAAAAGGAGUGAAUAUGAUCGUGCUAAAAACAUCUACGGUCUUUGAGAAGAAAUGGCAGAUGACUCAAAUCGAUGCCGCAGCUGCUUGUCCAAUACAACAAGGUAGCAUUUCCUUCACUCCGUACACAAUCAUCUGGUUCCUGCCCAAGUUCAUUGAACCGCUGAUUUCCACCAACCAGCCCAGACUGUUGGAGGUGUUCGUGGGCAUCGACGGACACAGGCUCAGUCCUGCCGAGAUAGCCGCCAGAGGAUACGCCAUAACUGUCACCGACCUACACAUCAUCGUUCAUAUUCCUGUGGGGGCCGUCGGUGGAUACUUUAAGGAUGAUCAGCCUUUCAAGACUUACACAAUUGAGCCGAUGCUUGAGUUGCUCUGGACUGAGGGCACCACCCUCGAAAACACACGAUACAAAGUCCUCUUCCCAAUAACGAUCCCAGUCCCACAAAUUGUUGACAACACUGUUGCCAAAGAGCGGAUAUUUAAGGUGUUACUUGGGCCUUUUGGAGACGACGUGGCACUAAUAAACAUCACGUUCCCCUCUGGGGUCUUGUCUGCGGCAGACUGCAAUGUCAGAGGUUUUAACGUCCAGGAACACAGGUCCCACAACGGCAGCUUGAAGUUCUUGACACUUCAAGUGCCCUUCACGGACCGUCUCGUCCUGCAGAUGAGAGGAAAUGGAUAUACGGUCUACUCCCUUCAUAUGACCUUUGGGUUGAUGGCCGCUCUGGCAGGACCGUUUUCAUUCACUGCUCGUCUGGAGGCUCAAUUAUUGGACAUAGUUUCUCCGUUUAUCUCUGGCAGCUGCGAUCAUGCAAACUUUUAUGUCCUUGUGAAAUACGGGACUCACGGCGCUCAGUUUCAGACUUUAUUAGGAAAACGGACGCUGUCUCCAGAUCUGGCUCAGCAGUACAACGCCAGGGAGAACGGAACACACUUCAGUGUAACCGUGCCAUUUUCAGCCCCUGAUGUCGUGUUUGAGGCCGUUCAGGGGUCAUCCAUUCGGAGCAGACUCGAUGUGACCCUGAGGAACCCACAAACCGGCAGACACGUCAAAGACUUCGCUCUGACCUGCCAGUUCUACUCAACUCUGACCGAGUGUUUCCCUAAUGGAACCAUUACGACUGUAGCUGUGAAAGUAGAAUCAGUUCCCAGUUUGAAUCCUGGUCAGCUGACCCUCAGAGACCCCAACUGUGGACCCCGAUUCAGCGACGACCGCUUUGCAUACUUUGUCUUUACCGCCAACUCUUGUGGAACAAAAAGAAAGUUUUUGCCAAAUGUCAUGAGGUACGAGAAUGAAAUCUCCCUGCCCAAUUACCUUGAAAAACAGGAUUCACAGAGCGAAGAGUCUGAAUACGAGUUGAAAGUCAUCUGUUACUAUGUCGUCAACACAACCUACGCUUUGACCUUCCACACCAGAGCUCGCAGAAGUCAACCAUAUGCUGAAGCAGCAAAAGGGAAACUGCAGAUCGCAAUGAGACUUGCUUUAGAUGACACAUACAGCGCGUUUCACCAAGAUGAGGACUAUCCGUUAACAAAGUUCCUCCAAGAACCGCUGUAUUUCGAGGUGGAGCUGAUGACGCUGACAAAUCCCCACGUAUCCCUGGAACUGGAAAACUGUUGGGCAACGGUGGACAAAGACGGGACGUCCCAACCAAGAUGGAACCUCAUCAUUAAUGGUUGUGUUAAUCCUGUGGACCCGCAUCAGGUGGUGUUCCAUUCUGUUUGGGUUGAUGCCAGAGUUAAGUAUCCGUCUCACCACAAACGGUUCGAAGUCCGGACGUUUUCCUUCAUGAAAGACCAAGAUACCAUGAGUCCACAGAUGUUCGUCCACUGUGAUGUGGUGAUCUGUGACUCCAGGAACCCUCAGGGUGGAGUGUGCAAUGGCCAGUGUUCAAACCAGAUGAAAGGUAAUGGGUGA